CACUUGCACCGGCGACUCCUCAGCCAACCAGAGCGACGCAAGCCGCCGACGGCGACUCCUCGGACAGCGUAUACCAGUCCCCGAGCCUCAGCCUAGAAAGAUCGGUGGGUGAGGUUUGGUUGGCUUUGCGUUGGAUGGGUUCAGCACGCGGAGGGAGGAUAAGAUUCGUACAGCAAGUGUAGCGCCAGGAGCGAGAGCGCGAGAUGGAAGCCAGCAAGAGGCAAGAAACGGCGCGCGCGCCGGCGCUGCCGUGGACGGUGCGGUUCCAGAUCUUCGGCCUCGUCGCCGCCGCGAGCGUCGCGCAGCGGCUCAACGGCACUGUCAACCGCAGCUUCUUCUCCCUCGUCGACCGCCACGUCCGCGCCAGCGCGCGCCCGGACAAGUUCGGCGUCCGGUCCGACGACGUCGACGUCGACGCGUCGCGCGGCCUCUGGGCGCGCGUGUUCAAGCCGUCGGAGGCCCAGUCCCCGCUCCCAGUCGUGGUCUACUUCCACGGCGGCGGCUUCGCGCUGCUCUCCGCGGCCUCGGUCCCGUACGAUAACAUGUGCCGCCGGUUCUGCCGCGAGCUCGGCGCCGUCGUGUUGUCCGUCAACUACCGCCUCGCGCCCGAGCAUCGCUACCCCGCGGCCUACGACGACGGCGUGGACGUGCUCGGGUACCUCGAGAAGAACAGACUCCAAGAUCCCGCCGUCCAGGUCGACCUCUCCGCCUGCUUCGUCGCUGGGGACAGCGCCGGCGGCAACAUCGCCCACCACGUGGCGCAGCGCUGGACGGCCGCCAAAUCCAAGUCCAUUCGCCUCGCCGGCACCAUCCUGGUGCAGCCGUUUUUCGGCGGCGAGGAGCGGACGGAGUCGGAACGGAGGCUGGAGGGUGUGGCGCCGAUAGUGAACAUGCGGCGCUCGGACUGGUCAUGGAGGGCGUUCUUGCCGGAGGGCGCCGACCGGAACCACCGGGCCGCGCACUUGACCAGCGAGAACGCCGACCUGGCGGAGGGGUUCCCGCCGGCGAUGGUGGUGAUCGGCGGGUUCGACCCGGAGAAGGACUGGCAGCGGCGGUACGCCGACUUGCUGCAGCAGAAGGGGAAGGCGGUGCAGGUGGUGGAGUUCCCGGAAGCCAUUCAUGGGUUCUUCUUGUUCCCCAAGCUCCCCGACGCCGGCAAUCUCGUGAAGGAGAUCAAGGCAUUCAUGGAUAAGAGCAAAGCGUCCGCCUCGUCUGCUUGAUCACCAGUUGGAAUCGUAUUGUCGUAUGAUGGCGAAUACAUAAUUCUUGCUGUGAAACUAUACGAACUCAAAGUACGUAGUGUCGUCGAUCUAAAUGCGACAGCAU